AGGAUGGUGCCCAAUAUUGCAGCAGUUUUAAUUCUCGUGUAUAAUCCCAUUCAAAUAAGUUUACAUUUACUGCAAUAUUACCCUCUGAGUAAACACUUUGUAAAAGGGACAUUAAGUACAACACACACUCACUCACAAUCACAUCUGCUUUUCACAUUAGUGGGCGCGAGUGGGGGGGAAAAAACAUCCUGCCGGAAUCCCGUCGACGAUCUCCAAACAAUAUCCAACAUAACAUGGCAUAACGGUUACCAGGACAAUAUAAACAUGUUUUUUUGUCUUCAUUUGCAAGCUCAGUAGGAUAAGGACUUUACUUCGAGAAACAACCCAAAACGACGUUAUGACCUAAUUGGGCGAGUGCGUGUCAGGACAAGGUAUGGUUCAUACAGCAUCCUCCCCUGCGACCCUCAUGGACACUUGCCUCCCACUGAAGUAAACCAACGGCGGGUAUCAGGCGCAUAACACUGGACGAGACGGCUGGAUUUCAGUGUAUGGACAACAGAAGCACAACACUAUCCAUCGUAUCUAAGAAAUGCGACAAAACGACUAACUGACCCAACUGCAGGACGUUGUUGCAUCUGGAAGAAUUUCAAGGGUGAGCGUAUUGAUGGAGACAAACAUGCUGAGAGGAGCGGUGCUUUUCCUUAUGGUGCUGGCCUCUGUUCACCAGGCUAGAGGCCAAGCCAGCAGACCGGGUCCCAGGAACAACUUGAGUGGCGAUCAGCCAUGCUCCCUGGAGGUGGUCUUCAUCGUGGACAGCUCGGAGAGCGCCAAGGGGGUGCUGUACGAGAAGGAGAAGGCCUUCGUGCUCAACAUGAGCACCAGCCUCUCCGCCCUGCGGGUGGCCGGCUCGGCGAUGAAGGUGCGCCUGGCCGUGCUGCAGUACAGCAGCUCCGUCAAAAUCGACCACCCCUUCCGCGCCUGGCGCGACCUGGCCGCCUUCCGGGACGCCGUGCGCUCCAUGCCGUACAUCGGCCACGGCACCUAUUCCUCCUACGCCAUCGGCAACGCCACGCAGAUGAUGGCGGGCGAGACGUCGCGGGACAGCGUGCGCGUCAUGGUGCUGAUGACCGACGGCGUGGACCACCCCCGCAACCCGGACAUCGUGGCCGUCUCCAUGGAGGCCAAAGGUCACGGGGCCAAGCUGUUUGCGGUGGGGCUGUCGGACGUGGCCAAGCAGCGGAGCGCCACGCUGCGCUCGGUGGCCAGCAUGCCCGCCCAGCAGUACGUCCACAGCCUGGCCGACCCCCAGCUGGAGCAGACCCUGCUCAGAGAGCUGACAUCAGUGGCUGUUGAAGAGUGCCCCCAGGCUGCGCCCUGUGCUUGUGAGAGAGGAGAGAACGGCGAACCUGGAAGACCAGGUCAGAAAGGAGACCAAGGCCACCACGGCCAGCCCGGAGGUGACGGAGCAAAGGGAGAAGCUGGCGUUCACGGUCGGCCUGGAAACCAUGGCAAUGAGGGUCGUUCAGGGUACAAAGGAAACAAGGGAGAGCGAGGAGAGUGCGGAGCCCCUGGAGAGAAGGGUGGAAUAGGCAUCGCAGGCCCAGCAGGGAUCAGAGGACCUAAAGGAAUCCAGGGGGGUCUUGGACGGACGGGGGACUCCGGGCGAGAGGGAAUACCAGGACCCAAGGGAGACAGAGGAACGUCUGGGUCUCCUGGAGUAAUUGGGGAGAUGGGCAUCGGGUUCCCAGGAACCAAGGGAGAGAAGGGACUUCUAGGACGACCCGGGUCCCCUGGUCCCACUGGGACAGGAGAACCAGGACCCACUGGUCCCGCCGGGCCACCAGGACUGCAGGGUAACCCCGGAACACCAGGGGAGGGGUUCUCAGGGCCGAAGGGGGACAGGGGAUACACCGGCGUCCAGGGGGUCCGGGGGCCCCCAGGAAGCGGGGACAAAGGGGACAAGGGAACCUCGGGACUGCCGGGAUUCCCAGGUCGGAUCGGGGCCCCGGGACCUGGAAUUCUGGGGGAAAAGGGGGAUGGGGGUGAAAUCGGUGUGCCCGGUUCGAGAGGACCCCCAGGGAUCGGGAUACCAGGACCCAAGGGGAACCAAGGGUUCCCAGGAACCCCUGGCGUACCAGGAGAGAGGGCCAUCGGCCAGCCGGGGCCCAAGGGAAACCCAGGGAAGGAGGGUCUAUCGGGCAUCCCAGGUUCCGCAGGGCUGGAUGGAUUUCCAGGACGAAAGGGUGAAAUCGGCUUCCCAGGGCCCCGAGGAACAGAAGGCGCUCCUGGUAUAGGCAUCGCUGGAGCCAAGGGAGACAGCGGGGAGAGAGGCUUCAGAGGCCAGUCAGGAGUAGUUGGACCGGUCGGGCCGAUCGGGCCCAAGGGGGAGCCCGGCCUCCACGGGCUAGCAGGUGCUAUCGGACCCCCGGGACGGGGGAUCCCGGGAGCCAAAGGGGAUCCGGGUCCAAGCGGCCCAGCUGGAGAUGUUGGAUCGCCGGGGAGAUCUGGGACUGGACCCAAAGGAGACAGAGGACCCCCCGGGCAGUCUGGGCCGGCCGGUCUGAGUGCAGAAGGCUUCCCUGGGCUGCCAGGCCCUCCAGGGCAGAUCGGACUACCGGGAGGAUCUGGACCGGUGGGAACCGGUUUGCCUGGACCAAAGGGAGACAGAGGCUACCCCGGGUCCACAGGUCCUUCUGGGCCCCAAGGGAUCGGUGUAGCUGGUGUUAAGGGGGCGCUGGGUCGACCAGGAGCCCCGGGCCCCAAAGGGAUCGCCGGAGAAGGCAUUCAUGGACCCAAGGGGGAGCUCGGGUACAGAGGGACCCCAGGACCCAGAGGCCCUCCAGGGGUCGGUCUCCAGGGGGAGAAGGGCGAGCGAGGGUUCAAAGGUGAAUUCGGGAGAGCGGGGGACAAGGGGGAGUCUGGAGAGCCGGGGUCUGUGGGACCCUGGGGCAGAGCAGGACAGAAGGGAGAGCCAGGACUCACGAGGGCUGACAUCAUAACCAUAGUGAAAUCAAUUUGCAGCUGCGGGGUGACGUGCCGGCAGACCCCCCUGGAGCUGGUGUUCGUGAUCGACAGCUCGGAGAGCGUGGGCCCCGAGAACUUCGACCUGGUCAAGGACUUUGUGAACUCGCUGGUGGACCGCGCCUCCGUCUCCCCGGAGACCACGCGGGUGGGGGUGGUCCUCUACAGCCACGAGCACACCGUGGUGCUGGGCCUGGGGGAGGCGGCGUCCCGCGACCGGGUCAAGUCGGCGGUGCGCGCCAUGCCCUACAUGGGCGAGGGCACGUUCACCGGCAGCGCCAUCCACAGCGCCAACCGCGUGUUCCUGGCGGCGCGGCGCGGCGUGCGCAAGGUGGCGGUGGUCAUCACCGACGGCCAGGCGGACGAGAGGGACUCGGUGAGCCUGGAGGCCGCGGUCAGGGAGGCACACGGCAGCGGCAUCGAGAUGUUUGUCAUCGGCGUGGUCAACCAGAGCGACGCGCUCUACCCGCAGUUCAAGAAGGAGCUGCACCUGAUGGCGUCCGACCCCGAUGACGAGCACGUCUGGCUCAUCAAGGACUUUGCCGCGCUGUCCACUCUGGAGCGCAAGCUGCUCGUGAAGGUCUGCGAGGACCCGGGCCAGGACACCAGCCUCUUCAGCUUGGUCCCCAGCAGCAGGACCAGCCCCGGGACGGAGGAGGGGGCCGGGAAUGUCCGGGAGCAGCCCUACAGGACAGACACCGACACCCCCACCUACACCGGGGACCCCAGGAGGACUCAGCAGGGGCCCGGACCCCCAGCCACACGGCCCCACACAGAGCCCCCUCUACCCCGGCCCGACCGCCCGGACCCCAGACCCUCCCGACCCCUGGACACUGGAGGAGUCUCCUUCGGCCAGGAGCCCUAUAGACGCCCCACGGAGCCGGUGGUGGAGCCCCCCACCCCGGACAGGAGACCCCCACCCUCCACCCUGCAGCCCGAGCCCACCGUGCUGGAUAAAGGGUCCUGCAGACACGCCCUGGACCCCGGCCCGUGUCGGGAGUACAUGGUCCGCUGGUACUACGACCCCGACGCCAACGCCUGCGCCAAGUUCUGGUACGGCGGUUGUCUAGGAAACAGCAACCGCUUCUUGUCCAAUGAAAUCUGCCGCAGCACCUGUGUGGUGGCGUAGCGUGGGCCUGCGUGGCCACUGGCACACAUACACACACACACACACACACACACACACACACACACACACACACACACACACACACACACACACACACACACACACAUAUACAUAUACAAACACACACACACACACACACACUAUUAAGUUCACUCUGAACCAAUAGAAUCUUAUAUUUACUAGAAUGUACACUUGUCAGGAUUUAGCACUGUGUUUUCUACCUUAAAUCCACUGGCAAUACAAGGAGGCACUGCUAACAAUGUUUUGAUAUAUUUUAUAUACUGUAAUACGUCAAGAUGUUUCUACAUAAUGUAAUACUACGAGAUUGUUCUGUACUGUUUUACUGGAACACGCUUGAAAACAGACGACCGAAGGGGUAGAAAUAUUAAAUCAAUAUAAUACCAAGUACUUCUUCUGGGGUGCUACAUACUUUAAGAAAUACAAUGAGUGGGUAUUUCUAGGAAUAACCUAACUUUUACAGAGAGUAAAUUGUGUAUUGUGUUGUGUUCGAAAUGUGACUUUGUAAUUUCUUGUAUUUCUUUGUACUUCACACAUGAAUAUCAUUAAAGACGAUACACACACACAAUAUAAA